CUAACCGAUAGCUCAUUCUAUAACAUUAUGACAAGCACUGUCCAUCAAUAUCAGCUAAAAUGCAUCAGUGUUUAUGUUGCUCAGAAUGCGAAAAGUUCUAAUUCCAACCUUUCACUUUUUAACUCUGCAACAUAUGAAGAUUUUGUUUAUUCACAAGAAUUGU